AACAAAAUGAUUCAUUCUGAUAAUAUUCUACGAAUUAAUAAUUUGAACUAUUAAAAAAUAAACUAAAUUACAAACAAAAAUUAAAAAAGGGACAUGUUUUGCCCAAACUAACUUUGACCAGCCGACCAACACAAAAUCCACUCGCCUUCCUAAACGCAACUCAAAUCGCAAAGCGCGAUCAGAAUCUGCACACCAGAGCAUGCCGGGUCCGGGCCCACACAUGAUCUACGCGCUCGGGUCGGGUCAGGGCCUGAUGCACGUAUCGAACGGGAGAUUCGGCCCGCACCACUGCGUCACAUACGCCGUCAACGCCUUCUUCGGGCCGGACAUCGGCUCCUUCUCCGAGUGGUUGACCUCGACACUGGGUUUGGGCCGGGUCUUCGGAUCCUCCGUCGAGACCUGGAUCCACGACCCGUUUUACUACGCUCUGAUUCUGGGCUUCCCUUUGGCACUACUCUACAGCUGGGUCUCACGAAUUAUGGUCCAAAAGGGUGUUCUUGAUUCGUUCUCUGGGGAAAAUGGACAUUCUUCAAUGUAUACAUGGAUUUUGAGCACCGGUUGGUGGAAAACUCGGGCUCCAAUUGAUCCAGAUGCCGUUUUAGGUGAAGCACUUGAAAUCGGUUAGAAAACAAUAUAGCAAAUCAUGGAGACUGAUUUUGAUAGUUGCGAUCUUGUACUGCAUUUGGUGUGUGAGCCAGAAAACAAUAUAGCUGAUUUGGGAGUGCUCGUUUUCCUUGGGAUUUUCUUUUUCUUCCCUCACGGGCUGUGCAUUCUAUCCAUGAACUCGAAAGAUGUUUUCGACUCCGUUCAACAACUUCCUCUUUGAAAAGGUAAUCUAAUUUAUCUCACUUUCUGAGCUGUCCAAACGGCUGGGCCGGGCUGGGCCGGGCCCAGGCAAGAAAUAGAUAUGUGUAUACAAUUUACAAAAGUUUGUUUGUUAGAAAAACCACGAGCUGUGUAUCUUAGCUGGUUCUUUGUGUUUUGUUUAAAUGACCUCAAAUUGUGCAAUGAGAAUACUAAAAUCGAGUAUCAAAAGCCAUAGUUGUGCAUUACAGUCGACCGAGCAUCGAAUUUGAGGUCUUGAGCUCGAGCUCGAUUUGUGUGAAGACCAUUGAUUUGUUACCGGGCUUUUGGGGGGGCCCGUGGGCUCUCAGCUUCUUAUAUUGAGUCUAGGAUUAGUAGAAUCCAAGUCUACGUAUACAUAUUAUAAUAGACAUUGAUAAGGGUAUAUUUCAUACUUUAGAAGCUAAUCUAUCUAAUAUCUAUUAGUUUUUUGGGGUCUUCACAGCUUAUUCUGGUUACAAUUUGCCAUGGCUCAUUUUCAUUUUCCUUUCGUUUUCGUCGAUUUGAGCUGUCAACCGCCAUCUGGCGUGUCCGUUUUUGUCGGACUUCGAUUUGACCUGGUUUUCGGGCUCGUCUCCGUAUUUGAUAAAUUAAGAUAGUUUGUAGGGUGAUUUUUAAAAAAAUUAAAGUUUCUGGGAUAUAAUUGCAAAAUGGUGAAAAUGGAAAAAGAAGGUUUGGAUAUAAGAUUCUGUUUUUAUGUGUUCUGUUUAGAUUUAUGUAAUUGAAGUUAUGAAUGGAUAGGAAAAAAAAAUUCAGAAAUUUUUUUUUGUAAAAAUUCACUUCUUCUCCAUAAUCCCAUCUGCAC